AUGUCCCCGUCGGCACGGCUCCUGGCCAUCGGGGACCAGCUGAAGGACGGCGAGGAGAAGGUGAUCGCGCCCCCGCCUGGCGUCCGGGACGACCCGCAGUCUCCGCGUCGUGCGAGGCUGACGGUUGCGGAGGAGCCGAGCUCGCGGCGCUCGAGAAGCAGGUCACGAAGGCGACAGCGACAGCCUCCCGAGAGCUGGAUGGGCGCCUGCCCCAACCACAUGGCGCCGAGCCCAGUCAUCGGGCGGAAGGCGGCGGAGAAGGACAAGCAGCCCAAGAAGGACAGGAAGGAAACGGACAAGGAAGGUCAGCUGAAAAGCGACAGCGAUGAGGAGGAUGGCGACAUCGACGAGCUCCGCGAAUGGUACGAGGACGGCGACGGCAAGGGCUCCGCGCACCAGGCGGAGACGGGCAAGGACAAGGUGGGAGUUCUGAGCACCUUCGGUAUUCAGGACGGUAGCUACUUCAUCGGAGUGCGUAUGGGCAUGAAGGUGCUCAAGCCGAUUGGCUUCGUGGGCCACAGGCUGUCCCUGACGAGUGGCAUCGAGCUGACGUUGGACACGGUGAAGGGCGUCGAG